ACUCUUCUUCUCCGUCUGAUUUGACAUCCAAGACGUGUCCUGCAAAUGCGACGAGAUGAGAGCUAACGUCUGCUGCCUUUUAAAAACACCUACACUGGGUGUUUUAUCCCCUCUUUGAGCCUCUCUAGAGUUCUUUACUGACAGUACAUUUGAAGGUUAACCCUGACAUUAGAGCCGCUCGUUGUGCCAGAGUCCUCAGCUGCAGGGAGGAUGGAUUGAUCCAUGCUGCUCAGGAAGCCAGGAAUGGAUUGAGGUGCGGAAGCUAGCAUUAGCCGGCUGGUCAUGGAGGGAGGUAGAGGAGCCUGUGACUUUGGAAUGCUUGCCUCUUGUCAGUCGAAAUGACUUGAUAUGAGUUGUUGUCGUGCUCAACUAAACCGUCCACGAAUGUAAGUCUUCUAAAAGUGCGCCAGUGUUAUGCUGCGCACACGCCCUGAAUAUGUCAGCUGUGCUGCACACACCGCAGAUACACAGGUCCUGUCAUUGCAUAGAUCCUGUUCUUACCUUGAAGGCAAACACACAGGAGAAACCUGCAGCUUGUGCACUUACAUUAGGACUAAUUUAAGUGAUUAAAUGCAAGGGUUAUCUUAGAGGAAGAAAGAGCUGAUUCACUUUGAUUAUCUGACACUUUAAAGAUAAAAGAUCACACUGUAAGUCACUGACACCCUGCAGACAGAUAACACACACACACACAAGCAAGUGGAUCCACCUCAGUUGCAUGGGAAGCAGUGCCAGCUGUAGCAGGGCUGUUGUAGGUCAACCAUGGGAGGGUCGGUGUCUUGCUGCAUCUCCCCUGGAGAGAGUCCCAAGAUCCACAGGAGAGAAGUGGAGCUGGAGGAGUGUCCCAUCACCACCUGCGAGGAUGUGAGCGAAGACACAGGGACGUACCUGCAGCACAUCAGCGACAGGGAGCUUCCUGAUGAACUGGCUCAAGAGGCGAACCCAUCAGAUCACCCAAGAGCCAGCACCCUCUUCCUCAACAAGUCACAGACGGACGUUCGUGAGAAGAGGAAAAGCAACUACUUGAAUCAUCAGAUGUCCCCGGGCGUCCUGACAAAGAAGUACAGCUCUUGCUCCACGAUAUUCAUAGAUGACAGCACGGUCAGCCAGCCCAACCUCAAGAGCACGAUUAAGUGCGUCGCGUUGGCCAUUUACUAUCACAUCAAAAACAGAGAUUCAAACCGCUCUCUGGAUAUAUUCGAUGAGAAGAAGCACCCUCUGUCGCGAGAAAAGGUUCCAGAUGACUACUCAGUGGUCGACCCCGAACACAAACUCAUCUAUCGCUUUAUCCGAACGCUCUUCAGCUCUGCGCAGCUCACUGCUGAGUGCGCCAUCGUCACUUUGGUGUAUCUGGAGAGGCUGUUGACAUACGCAGAGAUGGACAUCUGUCCUUGUAACUGGAAGAGGAUUGUACUCGGUGCCAUCCUGCUGGCCUCAAAAGUCUGGGAUGACCAGGCUGUGUGGAAUGUCGACUAUUGCCAGAUCCUCAAAGAUAUCACAGUGGAGGACAUGAAUGAGAUGGAGCGUCACUUCCUGGAACUUCUUCAGUUCAACAUCAACGUCCCCGCCAGCGUCUACGCCAAGUAUUACUUCGACCUGCGCUCCCUGGCUGACGACAACAACCUCAGUUUCCCUCUGGAGCCUUUGAGCAACAAGCGGGCCCAGAAACUAGAGGCGAUCUCCAGGCUGUGCGAGGACAAGUACAAGGACCUGCAUAAAUCUGCCAUGAGGCGGUCUGUCAGUGCAGACAACCUGGUCGGCAUCAAGAAAUCCCAGGCGGUGCUGUCUUAAGACUUCGAAGGCCAUCUUGGAUUUGGCAGUGAGGUGAAGCAACAGUUAGAGAAUGAUGAUGCAGAGACAUGUCUGCAGUUUGUACCUGAAAAGUUCCAAUGUAUAAUAUUGAAUGUGGAUGUCUGAGGAGGAACUAAAGGGCAGAAGUUUACCAUACAAUAUCACUGAAAUAAAACAAAUACAGUUUCUAUGUGUCAGAACAAAGACAUUAGGCUGCCUGCCUUUGAAGCAUGAUCAUUUGGUGGAACACUGCAGGCCGUCUCAUUUUUUUCACGUAGCGGAUUUGAAACAUUGGAAGAAAUCAGCAUGAAAAUGCUUCCUCCUGAAGUCACACACAUUUUUGAUGUCAUUGUUUUCCAUCAUCAGCUGAUGUUUCGGGGGAGUCCCUCCUCUCUUCAAUCACAUAACGACAAACUGUCUGGAGCUACCCUGUGGUGUAGUUCUACAACACGGACAAUGACUAGAUUUUGUUUUGCUUACUAUGUAGGCUCCUAUAGCUGUGAAAUGUACCAGACUUUUAUUUAAUUCAAUAAAUUUCAGUCGCUGUUUCAAGUCGAGGCUGUUCAGAUGGGAACGUGUGUGGUGCUGUGUGUUUGUUGAAGAUCUGUGAGGACGUCUGAAGAGAUGAAUGCCUUUGAAAGAGGACACAAGGACAACCAUAAAGGCUGCGACCACUUCCUGCUCUUUUUUCUUUGAAAGUAUCACCUGUUGUGCCAAUUCCAUGUCAAGGUAAGAUAUGAUGCACCUCCAUGAAAGACUUCAGAACCAUAUGCACCAUAAGAUAAUGCAUUAUAUUGAAGUUAUCCACUACAUUCAUUGUAUAUUGCUGGAGACUUGUCUUAUAAAGUAUCUAAAUCACC